CCUCCAGCUGGCCGGUGGCGGCAUGUGGCUACCGCGCGUGUCCAGUACUGCAGUGAUGGCGCUGCUGCUGGCUCAGACCUUCCUCCUGCUCUUCCUGGUCUCGCGGCCGGGGUCAAGGUCACCUGCGGGCGGUGGUGAAGAGGAGCGCGUGCAUGUGCUGGUGUUGUCCUCGUGGCGCUCGGGCUCGUCCUUCGUGGGUCAGCUCUUCAGCCAACACCCGGACGUCUUCUACCUGAUGGAGCCCGCGUGGCACGUGUGGGCUGCCCUGUCACAGGGCAGUGCACCAGUGCUGCACAUGGCCGUGCGCGACCUGGUGCGCUCUGUCUUCCUGUGCGACAUGGACGUCUUUGAUGCCUACCUGCCAUGGCGCCGCAACCUGUCAGACCUCUUCCAGUGGGCGGUGAGCCGCGCGCUGUGCUCACCGCCGGCCUGCAGUGCCUUCCCGCGCGGCGCCAUCAGCAGCGAGGCAGUGUGCAAGCCACUGUGUGCGCGGCGGCCCUUUAGCCUGGUGAGUGAGGCCUGCCGCUCCUACAGCCACGUGGUGCUCAAGGAGGUGCGCUUUUUCAACCUGCAAGUGCUCUACCCACUGCUCAACGACCCCGCACUCAACCUGCGCAUCGUGCACUUGGUACGCGACCCGCGCGCCGUGCUGCGCUCCCGCGAGCAGGCGGCCAAGGCACUGGCGCGUGACAAUGGCAUCGUGCUAGGCACCAAUGGCACAUGGGUGGAGGCCGACCCGGGCCUGCGCGUGGUGCGCGAGGUGUGCCGCAGCCACGUGCGCAUCGCCGAGGCUGCCAUGCACAAACCGCCGCCCUUCCUGCGCGGCCGUUACCGCCUAGUGCGCUAUGAGGACCUGGCGCGGGAGCCUCUGGCCGAAAUCCGCGCGCUCUACGCCUUCACCGGCCUGAACCUCACGCCGCAGCUCGAGGCCUGGGUACACAACAUCACGCACGGCUCGGGGCCCGGCGCGCGUCGCGAGGCCUUCAAAACCAGCUCCAGGGACGCGCUCAACGUCUCACAGGCCUGGCGCCAUGCACUGCCCUUCACCAAGAUCCGCCGCGUUCAGGAGCUGUGUGCCGGUGCCCUGCAACUGCUGGGCUACCGGACCGUGUUCUCAGAGGAGGAGCAGCGUGACCUCGCCCUGGACCUGGUGCUGCCGCGCGGCCCGAGCAGCUUCAGCUGGGCCUCGUCCACCGCUGCGCAUCCCCAGCCCUAGUGCAGAG